GGAAUUUUUCUAGACUGCCGAAUAUAUCAAUUUUAAUAUAAACUUUUUUUUCAAAGAAAAUAUGACAGCUUGUACAUGAUAAAAAAUGAGAUACGUCAUUCUGUUCUGUUGUGUUUUGUUGACUAUUCCGACAAUCGCGACACAGGAAAAACAAUACGACCGCAAAUAUGAUCUUUUUGACAUCGAAACGUUGGUACAAAACCCGAGGCUGUUGAGGAAAUAUAUGGAUUGUUUUUUGGAUCAAGGCCCUUGUACGCCGAUCGGCAGGGUUUUUAAAUUGGCGUUACCCGAAAUAAUCAUCACUCGCUGUGGUAAAUGCACUCCUGCGCAAAAGAGCUUUGCCCGAAGGACAUUCGAUGCAUUUAAAAGAGAAUUGCCCGAGCAGCAUGCCGAGCUAAAGAAGCUUCUAGAUCCGAACAAUAAAUAUUAUGAUAGUUUCGAGAAGGCUGUGGCCAGCGCUUAGAUACCAACAAAGGAGCUUAAAAAAGGUAUACGUAAGUAUUUUUAAUCAUGAAGACUGUUAUUCUCCUGUCUUGCCUCAUUGUUGCAGCAUAUUCAGCUGAUAAAUAUAGUGCUAAAUAUGAUAACUUCGAUGUGGAUACUCUUAUCUCCAACGACAGACUUUUAAAAGCAUAUAUCAAUUGUUUCUUGGAAAAAGGCCGGUGUACGCCAGAGGGAGCUGAUUUCAGAAAAGCCCUACCUGAAGCCGUUGAGACUACAUGUGCUAAAUGCACCGAGAAGCAGAAGCUAAACAUCAGGAAAGUAAUCAAAGCCAUACAGCAAAAACACCCGAAACAAUGGGACGAGCUAGUGCAAAAGACUGACCCCUCUGGCAAGUACCGUGCCGAUUUCGACAAAUUCAUCCAAGGCAGCUAAGCAUUCUACAGGAAACUUAGAUAUACUUAGGUUAAGGUCGGACUAAUAAAGAUUCUAUGAAUAAAAAGAAAUUACAUUUCUACUGAGUCAUUCGUCACUUGAAGUCAUUUUUACUAUCUCUAAGCAGUCAUCAGAAUUUUGCUUGUAAAAGUAACAACAUCCAAUCCACAAUGAAAUUUUGUGUCUGACCUUAUCCAUUGAAAUUUUAAAAUGGUGAUUUAUUUAGUAAGUUUUUCAUAAACAAGAAAUGAAACCGUCACAAAGUUAAAAUGUAAUUAAUUACGAGAGGAAUAAUGCACGAUCUCUACUAAACGUGCGGCGGUGCGGAGAGCACGCGCCAGUAGCCGACCGAGUUCGUCCGAGACGG